CGGCCGCCCGACAGUCAGUCAGUGUGAGGCCACCAUAGUGUUGCUGUACCGCCGCUGCGACAGCUAGUUAUAGCUUUAGUGGAACUGCUACUGUUGCUACCGCUUCGCCGUCUGUAUUAAUAGUGAGGCGCCAAAGAGCGCAUGUGUUAUAGUGUACACGGCCCCGCGCCAUACGCGUGACCCAUCAUGCCACUGUUCAAGCCUAGGAAACGUGAGGAUGGAAGCAAUGGUGUGGACGACACGCACGCCCAUCACCCCACUACCAGGCCGCCCACAAAUGGCCACACAACGCCCCCAGAUCCACCUGUUACACGGCCCAAGUUAGUGUUCCACUGUCAGCAAGCUCAUGGAUCCCCUACAGGCAUUAUCUCGGGCUUCACAAAUGUCAAGGAACUUUACCAAAAGAUCGCCGAGUGCUACGAUAUCCCCUCUGAGGAUAUCCUGUUUUUAACGCUUAACACACACAAGGUCGACAUGACGAAACUCUUAGGCGGGCAGAUCGGCCUGGAUGACUCAUUUGCACACAGGAGAGGUCGGCCGAAGGAAGUGGAGAUUACCAAGACUGAAGACGCCCUGGGCCUGACCAUCACCGACAACGGGGCCGGAUACGCCUUCAUCAAGAGGAUUAAAGACGAUUCGGUUAUAGACAAAAUCAAACACAUCGAGAUUGGUGACCACAUAGAGAAGAUCGACGGGAAGAAAUUAGUGGGUCACCGUCAUUACGAAGUUGCCAAGAUGCUGAAGGAGAUCCCAAGGGGCACCACCUUCGUCAUGAGACUGGUGGAACCUCUGAAGGCUGGCUUUGCAAAUAUUGGGCCUCGGUCAGAUCCACGGUCCAGCAGUAAGAAAGGCUACGGCAGUGGUAAACAAACACUUCGCUUCAAGGCCAAUGGACAAGCUGAAGUGGAGGAUGCGCCGGAUGAUCUCUCUACAUUUGCGACUGAAAAGAUUAAUUCAUUGCUGGAAAACUUCAUGGGCAUCAAUGACAAUGACUUAGCUGCUCAGAUCUGGGAAAUAGGGCAGCAGAAGCAAAAUACAAUGGAAUUUGCUGAGGCUGUGGACGAUUCAGAUCUAGAAGCUUUUGGAUUUACUGACGACUUCAUCUUUGAACUUUGGGGAGCCAUUACCGAUGCCAAGGCUGGCAGACUGAAGAAAUAACUCCUGUUCAACUAUAAAGAAAAGUGGCAGAGUUGUGGAAGGAAAAUAAUGACGUUACCCGAGGAGAGAACUCUUAAAUUAAGUGAUUUUUCCUUUGUUAUAUAUUCUUGAUCCAAAAAGUUAUUUAUUAGUACUGUGUUGUCAGUAAUACCUUCAUGUAUUACAUAAUUAAAAUGAACUAUUCUGGUAAUUAUAUAUUUCCUUUUUGAUUGACUUAUAUGAAAAUGUUUAUACAGUGAGAAAAAUGCCAUAUGUUUUAUUAGACAAAACACAUGUUCAUUUUUUUAUGGUUGUUACUAGAAAGACAUUUUGAUGCUUCAUUAUUUGGACAUUAAAUAGUUGAACUGAAGAAAAUUAUUACAGGAAAAUGAAUUGAUAAAGUGCAAAAUAAUGAACUGAGGGUGGAUGAUGCUACUGUAUGUGUUUGGCUCAUAAAGACUACUAAAAGUAUUAGUGGAAAUAUUAGCUUACAAAGAUGAUACUUAUCACCACUAGAGAGGAUAUACCAUACUAUAUAUAAUUGAUAUCUUGUGCUAGAAAUAACAAUCUCAGAUAUUUCUUUGUCUUCUACAGAAAAAGCCCAGAUAGUAACCUCGUGGCCUUUUAGACUACAGUAUGUGCUGUACCAGGUUUGGAUACAACCACUCUCUGUAUAUAAUUUUUUAUAAUACUGUACACCUGUCCAGUGUCUCUACUGAAGAACUAUUAUUCUCUAGAAGUGUUAAUUGACCAUGAGUGCCACGGCUGUGUGUUGUGUGUGGUUCUCAUGUUGUAGUUACUCAUGCCUUAUGAUUCUGGGACAAUCAAGAGCAUUAUAAGAUUAUGUAUUUUAGUACAGUACAUGGACGUUAUAGUAGCACCUAAAUUUUCACACAAGAUAUAAGGUCUUCCCCCAAAAAAUCUUAAUUAAUGUUCUAGGUAUUGUUCUUAUGUGAUGUUUUUCUAUAGGGUAAAAUGCAGAACACAUGAGAAGGCCACACUAUUUUAUGAAUUGGAAUCAUGCAAAAUACAUUAUAUAAUUUUAUAGGGCAACUACCUAUUGUCCAAAGUCAGUCAUGAAUGUUGUGAUUAUAAAAAGAAUUUGUAGUAAAUAUUUUUAUUUAGUCAAAGAAACAUUAAAAGAGCUAGAUUCAUUCUGCAUACAUAAGAUUGAAGUCAGUAGUAUUUACUUACUCUAUUUUUAAAACCUGUAAACAAGAAUACAGGUACUGUAUCAUGAAUCUGUUUAUAUAUGGAAUUAAAUGCUUUGUGUCAAUGAAAUUAUGGAAUGUUACAUAAAUUAAGAGAUUAUAAUGAGUGUUUAGAAAUAUGACAUAACUACAGUAUCUAGUUAUUGUGUCCAUGAGGAAAUGAUGAGGUAUCAGAAGUCUCAAAGGGAAGAGAACGUCCACUGGUACACUCAAGGACACCAGAGUAGUCAUUGGUAUAAACAGUUUAAACUAAUUCUUUUAGUACAAGUGUGUUUAGUGAUGACUCCUAUAUGGGUAACUAACUAAACUUGAUGAUACAGUCACACUAGUACCAAAGGAUUAAACUGUAACUUACUUCAUAGCUGUAUCCCCCCCUCCCCCACACUCAGUCAGAAGCUGUAUUUAUCAUUUUAUUAACUUAUACAAUCUCAUAUUACAGUUUCAUUCCAUUAUUAGUUACAGUACAGUUCAUUGUUAAUUGCUCACAAGAUGAUGCAAUAUUCCUACAUAUAAAGUCAGGCCCAAAGCCCCACGACAACUACAGAAAUAUGAAGGUACUGAUGUAGGAUUCAUUAGACAGUGUUGCAGCCAGUUACAGAUUACUUCAUCUUCAGAAUGUUCCUUGGAAGAUUAUAAUACACAACCCACCAAGAUGAUGUGUGUGUGUGUGUUUGAUCAGAGAGUUGCCCCAGCUCUCACGUCAUAGUUUAAAUAUGAUUGGCAGGUUGUUUUAUAGGUAAGGUGUUAUGUAUUUAUGUAACUCAGUGAGCAUUUCCUUGUACAGUUAAUAUAAUGAGCUUUGUGUA